UCUUAGAAUUUCACAAUUCUAGUGGCCUGUUCCACCACCACUCCUUCCCCACCACUAUGGCAACCUAUCCCAACAAUCCCAAAAAUAAACAAAACAAAACCACACACUCCCCUCCCCAAAAAAGACUCAGAGACUUCCCCACAUCUCUCCGGACAGCGCGGCACGCUUCCUCCCAGCCGGAGCUGUCCCAUCACCUCCUCCGCCUCAUCAACCAUGUCCCCCGCUGCCACCGCUGUUCGUCUCCUCCUCCUCCUCCCCCUACUCUUAUCUCUCUCUCCUCUUUCUCGCUCCAUACCCGAAUCCGACGCCCUCAUCAACCUCAAGAAAUCCCUCUCAAACACCGGCGCCCUCAGCUCCUGGGUACCGAACACCUCCCCUUGCAACAGCAAAGACCCCUGGGCAGGCGUCAUGUGCAACGACGGCGUCUUAACCGGCCUCCAUCUCCCCCAAAUGGGUCUCUCUGGCAAUAUAAACGUCGACGUUUUACUCGAAAUCCCCACACUUCGAACCAUCACCUUGGUUAACAACUCUUUCUCCGGCCCGAUACCAGACUUCAGCCGCAUCGGCGCUUUAAAGGCUCUUUACUUAUCCUUCAACGACUUCUCCGGGGAAAUCCCGUCGGACUUCUUCUCCAAAACGCUGUCGUUGAAGAAACUCUGGCUGUCGGGAAACAAAUUUUCCGGGAAAAUCCCUGACUCGUUGGGUCAAAUCCCACAUUUGAUCGAACUGCGCCUGGAAAACAACGAAUUCUCAGGGGCUAUUCCGGAAUUAGGACAAAAAUCUUUAAGUUCCAUCGACCUGUCGAAUAACAAACUAGAAGGAGAGAUUCCAGAGAGCAUGUCGAGAUUCAGUGCGCGCACGUUUGAGGGGAACCCGGGUCUGUGUGGGAACCCAAUUGGAAAAGAAUGCCUUCAGAGUGUUUCCAAUGCAUCACAAGAGCAAGUUUCCAAACCAGCAGAUAAAUCCGUCACGGGGUGGGUUGUGAUUGGCGUAUUUGUCACCUUGUUGGCAAUUACGGUUGUAAUGAGGUCAAGAAAAGGCAAGGAAGAAAAGUUCAACAAGCUGGGAAAGGAGAAUCUUGAUGAGGUGGUUGAGGUGCGGGUCCACAGUUCGAAUCGACGGAGCGUGGACGUGAACCACAGCCAAAAAGGUGGGUCUACCCGGAGAGGGUCGUCCCAAAAGGGAAUUGGGGAUCUUGUGAUGGUGAAUGAGGAGAUGGGUGUAUUUGGGAUGGCUGAUUUAAUGAAGGCCGCGGCGGAGGUGCUGGGGAGCGGAGGGUUGGGGUCUGCUUAUAAGGCGGUGAUGGCGAAUGGGGUGGCGGUUGUGGUGAAGAGGGUGAGGGAGAUGAAUAAGAUGAGUAAGGAUUCGUUUGAUUCAGAGAUGAGGCGGCUGGGGAGAUUGAGCCACCAGAAUGUGUUGACACCUUUGGCCUACCAUUAUAGAAAAGAUGAGAAGCUGUUGGUGUCUCAGCAUGUUUCUAAAGGCAGCUUGUUGUACGUCUUGCAUGCGGAUCGCGGGAUUUCUCAUGCUGAAUUGAAUUGGCCUAUUCGUCUCAAGAUCAUAAAGGGUGUGGCCCGAGGUCUGGGUUUCCUCCACUCGGAAUUUGCAUCAUAUGAGCUGCCCCAUGGGAAUCUCAAAUCCAGCAACAUUCUUCUUGACUCGAGUUAUGAGCCACUUCUCUCAGACUAUGCCUUUUAUCCACUAAUCAACAACACUCAAGCUGGACAAGCUAUGUUUGCCUUUAAAUCCCCAGAAGCCAUUCUGUACCAACAAGUCACUCCAAAGAGUGAUGUUUUCUGUCUUGGAGUUGUAAUUCUCGAAAUUCUUACCGGAAAAUUCCCUAGCCAGUAUCUCAGCAACCAAAAGGGAGGGACUGAUAUCGUGCAAUGGGCCAGAUCAGCUGUUUCUGAGAAGAGGGAGAGAGAAUUGAUCGAUCCAGAGAUAGCGGGCACUACAAAUUCAGUUGCGGAUAUGGAGAGGCUACUACACAUUGGAGCCGAUUGUACUGAAAGUAAUCUUGAUCAACGGAUGGACAUGAAUGAAGCCAUUAGGAGGAUAGAAGAGAUUCAAGACUAAAAGCAUUGAUUCCAGGAUUGUAGAUAAGUACAAGUGGCUUUUGUAGUAGAGACGUGUAGACAAGGUUGUCAAAAGGUCCAGCCAAUCCUUCAAACACACACACGGUCGAUAAUGGGAGCUCUCAGAAUCCAAAAAUUGUGCUGGGAAAAGGGAAAAAUAACACUUGGGGGAGUUGAGGUUAAGGUCGAUCCCCUUUAUGUUGCCCGUGCAUUUUGAAGAAAGCACACAGCCAACGUCUAUUCGUGCAAAAAAAAUCGUUAUUUUCGUUCCAUUCUUUAAAGUGGAAGUUGGGUUUUUUAAAUUAAUUUCAUGUUAAAAAGCAUUUGCGUAAAGUUUUGCCAUCCCCAACAUUUUGCAGUGAAGUUAUGUGGACAGAGGCAGAGUCAUCCUCACAAGGUUUGGAGCUGGGAAGGACCUAAUAGGGCAUUCAAUUUCAUUUUUCUACUGUUGGUAGCAUUCGCGUGUUACCCAUGCAUGCGUGUGUGUUCGAUGUACAGUUUGUAUUUCACGUGGGAAAGAGAAAAUUUCGUAUGCAUUUGAUAUAA